AGGUAGCAUGCUACAUGAAUAUGUUUGUUUGUUUUCAAUCUUUUACAGAGGCCAUUCCUCCAGGAAACGUCCAAGUUUCCCAUGUCAGCAGUAGUACGGUGUCCCUUACAUGGGAACCACCUGCUGGUGAGGUGGGGGGCUAUGUUGUGACCUGUUUCUAUGAUUCAGAGACACACGGAGAGCAGACAACAGAUUCAGACAGUGUGACAUUCUCCGAUCUGAAGCCAGGGCUCAAGUAUGACUUCCAAAUUAAAACCCAGCUGAAAAGCGGAGGACUCAGCCAGCCUGCCUUGAUAUCUGCCCACACAGAGGCCUUUCCUCCAGGAAAUGUCCAAGUUUCCCAUGUCAGCAGUAGUACGGUGUCUCUUACCUGGGAAACACCUGGUGGUGAGGUGGAGGGUUAUGUUGUGACCUGUUACUGUGAUUCAGAGACACACGGAGAGCAGACAACAGAUUCAGACAGUGUGACAUUCUCCGAUCUGAAGCCAGGGCUCAAGUAUGACUUCCAAAUUAAAACCCAGCUGAAAAGCGGAGGACUCAGCCAGCCUGCCUCGACAUCUGCCCACACAGAGGCCGUUCCUCCAGGGAAAGUCCAAGUUUCCCAUGUCAGCAGUAGUACGGUGUCUCUUACCUGGGAAACACCUGGUGGUGAGGUGGAGGGUUAUGUUGUGACCUGUUUCUAUGAUUCAGAGACACACGGAGAGCAGACAACAGAUUCAGACAGUGUGACAUUCUCCGAUCUGAAGCCAGGGCUCAAGUAUGACUUCCAAAUUAAAACACAGCUGAAAAGCGGAGGACUCAGCCAGCCUGCCUUGAUAUCUGCCCACACAGAGGCCAUUCCUCCAGGAAAUGUCCAAAUUUCCCAUGUCAGCAGUAGUACGGUGUCUCUAACAUGGUUAACACUUGCUGGUGAGGUGGAGGGUUAUGUUGUGACCUGUUUCUGUGGUUCAGAGACACACGGAGAGCAGACAACAGAUUCAGACAGUGUGACAUUCUCCGAUCUGAAGCCAGGGCUCAAGUAUGACUUCCAAAUUAAAACACAGCUGAAAAGCGGAGGACUCAGCCAGCCUGCCUCGACAUCUGCCCACACAGAAACUGAACUGGAGUGUUUUCUAGAAAAGCUUGGCUUAACAGAGAAAUACAAGGAGAAGCUCUCACUGAGCAGAGUGCUACAGAUUGACAAGAAGGCCGUCACAGAGGAAGCAGCUAAAUGUCUUUCAGAUCUCCCAUGGUGCUUUCUCAAGAGGUUAAUGAUGGUCAAUGUGACUGCUAGGAAUGUGAAGUGUUCUGCAGGCAGUGAUUCAGAGCAGGAUCUUCCUCAUGGCAAUGCUGAUUUACAUCUUUACACCAUGUUGGGCCAUGGAAAGUCAGGGAAAGCGCUGAACCCAUUAGACAUAAUCACUGCUCUCUUUUUGUGCUCAAAUGGCCUCCUUCAGCAGGAAAUGGCAGUAAAAAUGUCCAUGUGUCAGUUUGGGUUGCCUCUACUGCUUCCUGAUUGUGACACGCAGAAGCAAACGCUCAUGCUUUGGGCUUUGAGAGGAAUUGUUAAAAAGUACAGACCUCAGGCACUCUCGGACACCAAAAGCUUUAUUGAAAAAUCAAUUGUUGUCCCUGAACUUCCAAUGGUGUCCUUUGUGAGACUGGGUAAAUGUUCAUUAUCGAAGUCAGAGAUUCUGAAUACACUAUUGAGCAAUCCCCAACAGUACCACAACACUUUUGUUCACCAUAACAUGGAAUGUGGUAAUGUUCCAAGGCAAAUUGCAGAUGGACUGGUGGAAACUAGUUGGUAUCUUCCCUGUGGUAACAAAAACAUUGAUAUCUUCAAUGAACCAGUAGCUGUAGCUAAUCUCCGAGGGGAUAUUUCUCUCUGUGAAUUGCAAUAUUCAUUUUUAUGCAAAACGUCUGCUGCAGUUUUUGUGUUUCUUGACAAUUUUGACAGCCAAAUCAAACUACUCAAAAAACAACACGAAACUGAGAUUUUCUUGAUAGUCAAUGUAGAUAGCAAGAAUUUCAACCACGACAGGUGCAUAAAAGUACUAGAAGAAUUAAGAUUGCCACAGACCAACAUCAUUACCAAGACAGAUAAAGUCAACAACGCUGACUUUGCCAAAACCCUCCAAAAUGUUGUAACAAAUGUUGUAAAAAAAAUGGAGAAAAAAAAAAGCAUAGUGCAAAUGGCUGACAUUGCUAUUGAGCUUGGAAUAAUGGUGGAUGAGAAAGCCUCAGACUGUCAGACGGCUGAGGGAAAUGCAGAAGCUAUCACCUCAAAAAUAAAAAACACUGCACAGUACAAAGAGAAAGAACUUCCUCGGCAGGGCUCACUAUGGAAAGAACUGACCAAUUUAGAGAGGGAGGAAUGUAGGCUUACAAAUGCUGGGGAUGAAGACAUAGAAAAGUACAAAUGUAGCCUAAACCAACAGAAAAUACAACUCCGGAGACAGCAGAGAGAUUUGGCCAAUUCAAAGGAUAUGAUCAGCUUCAUCGAUGCACUCUCAUGUCCAGCUGUUGAACAGGCAUAUUUUUUAAAAUGGAUGCAAAUUAAACUUGACAACUUGUCCCGAGAACAUUUAUCACACCUCAGGGAGCAGUAUAAACUCAAAAGUAAGAAUUCGAGCAAAGAAGAACUUAAAAUCAUUGAUCAACAACUUUCCAACAGCUCUUUAGGCAUUGAGAACUACUUUCGAGAAAUGUGUCAAAUCUAUGAAUCGACAGUCACCCUUCCAGAAUCUGAUUUGUUUCGUCAACAAUUCAUGCAUCUCCCCAAGUUGUGUGCCCAAUUACUCAUUGAUGGAUUUCCACUGGAGCUUGUUGAAGGAGAAGCAUCAAGCAUUCCUUUGGCAUGGGUGAAGGACAUAUUUUCUGAGCUGAGAAGAAUGGUAGAUCCUGAAAGCAAGAUAAGAGUUGUGACAGUUCUUGGGAUUCAGAGCACAGGAAAGUCCACUCUUCUGAACACCAUGUUUGGAGUGCAGUUUGCAGUCAGCAGCGGCCGAUGUACUAGAGGGGCUUUCAUGUUGCUCAUCAGAGUGAACAAAGAGUACUCAAAAGAAAUGAACUGUGAUUUUUUGAUCAUUAUUGACACGGAAGGCCUGAAAUCGCUAGAGCUAGCACAAUUAGAGGAUAGCUAUGAGCAUGACAAUGAGCUUGCAACUAUUGUUGUGGGGUUAAGUGACAUCACAAUAGUAAAUAUUGCAAUGGAGAACAUGACAGACAUGAAAGACAUCCUACAAAUUGUAGUACAUGCCUUUCUCAGGAUGAAAGAAGUCGGCAAAAAAACUAAAUGUCAGUUUGUUCAUCAGAACGUAUCGGAUGUAUCAGCCCAUGACAAUACCCUAAGGGACAGAACCCUGCUGUUACAGCAGUUGAACGAGAUGACACAGGCAGCUGCCAAAGUUGAGAAAAAAGAGGAAAACAAAAGCUUCCGUGAUGUAAUGGAAUAUGAUCCAGACACUGGCAACGGGUACAUUCCUGGACUAUGGCAUGGAAACCCACCAAUGGCUCCAGUCAAUUCAGGUUACAGUGAAGCAGUUUAUGAACUGAAAACAAACAUUAUCCAAAUGUUGAAAGAUUGCGAGUCACCUGCUUACAGCAUGGAUGAAUUUCUGAAGUGGACAACAAGCCUAUGGAAUGCCAUAAAACAUGAAAAUUUCAUUUUCAGCUUUAGAAAUAGCCUGGUGGCUGAUGCUUACAUGAAAAUAUGCACAGAAUUCAACAAAUGGGAAUGGGAAUUCAAAAGGCACAUGUACUUAUUGGAAUCAAGUGCAAAAACACAGAUUUCAAAUUUUGGAACAGCUGCUGGCAAAUUGAGGCAUCCAACAUCAGAGAACUUGUCAUGGAAUUGAAUACUGAAGCCUGCUCAGAGCUAAUUAAAUGGGAAGAACAACUUAUUGUCAAUCUAGAACUAUAUUUCAAAACAGAAAGUCAUGUCC